CCGUAAUAUGGAACCGCCGGUGAGAGAGUAAACAAAAAACACUGCAGUGCGCGCGAAGUUCUCUUUGGCUCGUUCGCCUAGAGCGUCUGGAGGAACUAAAGCAGCAGAGACAAUCAUGAGCCUUCGUCGCCAUGUGCUGAGGGUCUACAAACAGAUCCUUUACUUGGCCAGAGACUGGCCUGAAGGCUAUGUGGUGCUGAGAGACAGAGCAAAGAGGGCAUUUCUAAUUAACCGAGAGGAGACUGACCUGAGAAAAAUCGAAACAUUGAUUGGACGCGCGGAAUUUGUCGUCAAAGAGAUCGAGGCACUUUACAUGUUGAAAAAAUACAGAACUUUGAAAAGAAGAUAUUACAAAGAGUAGUUAGCAGUUUUGUUUACAUUAUUAUAUAUUUUUUAGCAGCUCAUCAUGUAAUAAAAGAGGACAUGCAUAAUAAUCCUUUUCACUGUUCUUUUUUAGCAGUGUGGCUACGACGUGACUCUGAUUGCCCAUUUUCUUCCUCCGAUUUUAACCCUUUGAGCUCUCUCGGUUUCCCGUUUAACCCUUCUCUGGCGCUGUCUCUGGGUGGUUUCUUGCUGUACGUGUGCU